CAGAGCAACAGAUAUAUAUUCAGACAGAGAAAGAGGGAGAGAUACUGAAUCUAGCAGGAGGAGAAAGAGUGCGGAGGGAAGAUUUAGGACGGAAGACGGAAGGAGGAAGGGAAGUUAAGAUUAAGUGAAACCCUAGGGGGAGUAAAGUAAAAGCUGGGAGACAAGCAGAUUAAUGGAGAUGAAGAAGCAGAUCUUCUGACAGGACAGAUUUACAGUGUGGACAACCCGCUGGGAGGAAAAGCAGUAACAAAAAAAAUAAAUAAAUAAGGAGGACAGGAACAUCUGAGAGGAAACCAUUUAUCACAGCUGCCUCGUGAGACAUUUCAUAGGACAGAGGGGAAGCUCUUUGCAGGUGUAGAUGCAGACAGGUGGACAGACAGACAUGCUGCUUGGCGUACUGCUUCUCUGUGCUGCUGGAGGAAACUGGGGGUCCACUCCUGGAGCGUGGGGGCACGAACAGGUCCAAGACAGACAGGAGUCUGAGCCAGCUUGCCCGGCCCCUUGCCAGUGCGAGGAAGAUGGCAUUUUUAUCAUGGUGGACUGCUCGGAGAUGGGUCUGUCAUCUGUGCCGGCGGGCCUGAGCCCUUUCACCACAUACCUGGAUCUCAGUAUGAACAACAUCAGCGAGAUCCAGCCCAGAGCCUUCCAUCGACUGCACCUGUUAUCAGAACUACGAAUCUCCGGGAAUCAGCUGAGGUAUAUAUCAGGCAAUGCUCUCCAGGGUCUUCACAACCUCAAAGUUCUGAUGCUACAAAACAACCAACUGGAGAGACUUCCUGAUGAUGCUCCAUGGGACCUCCCCAACCUCCUGUCCUUGCGUCUUGAUGCCAACCUCCUGAGCAGGGUUCCAUCUGAGGCCUUCAAGGGCGUUCGCUCUUUGAGACACCUGUGGUUGGAUGACAACUCCCUCACAGAAAUACCGGUGAUGGCCUUGGACUCCCUGUCCUCUUUGCAGGCAAUGACACUGGCCCUCAACCAGAUCACCCACAUACCCGAUUAUGCGUUUACCAACCUCUCUGGCCUCGUGGUGCUGCAUCUCCACAACAACCACAUACAGAGCAUGGGUUCGAGAUGUUUUGAAGGUUUACAGAGUCUGGAGACACUGGAUUUAAACUACAAUGAGCUACAGGAGUUCCCUAUGGCAAUCAGGACACUGAGCAAACUUCAGGAACUGGGCUUCCAUAACAACAACAUCAAAGCCAUCCCUGAGAGGGCCUUUGUGGGAAACCCUCAGCUCCAAACCAUUCACUUUUAUGAGAAUCCAAUCCAGUUUGUGGGGAAAUCUGCUUUCCAAUUCUUACCAAAGCUGCACACACUUUCCUUGAACGGGGCAACCCAAAUUCAAGAGUUUCCGGAUUUGAAAGGAACAACCAGCCUUGAGAUUUUGACAUUGACUCGGGCUGGUCUCUCAGCUCUUCCCCUGGACCUAUGCGAGCAGCUGCCUCAUCUCAGAGUGCUAGAGCUGUCCUACAACCAGAUAGAAGAUCUUCCCAGUUUUUACCACUGCUCUGCACUUCAAGAGAUUGGACUGCAGCAUAAUCAAGUCCGAAGAAUAGAGUCAAACACCUUCCAGCAGCUCACCUCUCUCAGAGCACUUGAUCUAAGCUGGAACAUGAUUGAGUGGGUCCACCCAGAUGCCUUCACUUCACUUCAUUCUUUGAUCAAACUGGACCUGACUGAGAACCGCCUCAGCUCUGUACCAGUUGCAGGUUUAGGAGGCCUCACUCAUCUCAAACUGAGGGGGAACAAAGACUUAUAUGAAGCCUUCAGUCCUGAUCACUUUCCACAAAUGAGGGUGAUAGAGAUGCCUUAUGCCUACCAGUGCUGUGUGUAUGCAUCCUGUAACAAGCCCACCACCCACUGGGACACAGAGCUGAGCAACACAAAUGAAGAUCUUCACAAGAGGACGGUGGCCAUGUACCCAGUCCAUGUAGACACUAACUAUGACCCUGAUCUGGAGGAGUUUCAGUUGGAAAUAGAAGAAUCCAAGUUACAGACCAGUGUCCAAUGCACCCCCAUACCUGGUCCGUUCCGUCCCUGUGACUCCCUCCUGGGCAGCUGGCUUGUCCGCAUUGGCUUGUGGUCCAUCUCCCUGGUGUCUUUGCUGGGAAACGCCAUUCUGUUCCUGUCUCUCUUUGGAUCACCAGGCAGCCUGUCGCCACUACGCUUCAUUGUGGCCUGUAUGGGUGCCUCUAACCUGCUGAUGGGUGUGUGUACAUGCACACUGGUCCUAGUGGAUGCUCUGACCCUUGGAGAAUUCAAUGAACAUGGAGCCCGCUGGGAGGGUGGACCUGGUUGUCAAGCGACGGGAUGGGUUUGGGUGUUUGCGUCUGAGGCGAGCGUGCUGCUGCUGACUCUGGCAGCAGUGCAGUGUGGUGCAAGCGUGACAUGUGCCCGCGCCUAUGGGAAGUCACCAUCCCUUAGCAGUGUGCGCACAUGUGCGUAUUUCUGUCUCACCCUCUGCCUCGCAAUUGCUUCACUCCCGCUAGUUGGAGUGGGGGAGUAUGGCUCUUCACCUUUCUGCCUUCCGUCACCCCUGCCUACCCCAUCUUCGCGCUUACCAUCCUCCCUGGGCUUCCCCUUGGCACUCAUAAUGAUGAACACCAUUUGCUUGCUUAUUGUCACAGGUUCUUAUAUCCGCCUGUAUUGGGAGCUACUUCGUGGGGAGUGUGAGGGGUUGUGGGACUGUGCCAUGAUCAAACAUGUUGCCUGGCUUAUUUUUACUAAUGGCCUUCUCUACAUACCGGUAGCUUUCCUAUCACUUUGUUCUCUUCUGGGUCUUCUUUCUUUGGGGGAAGAGGUUCUAAAAUCAGUCCUCCUUCUGUUACAACCCCUGCCCGCUUGCCUCAACCCUCUACUCUUUCUUCUUUUCACAAGAGAUCACUCUCAGUUGUUCUCCUGGUCUCGCCCCAAAACUCGCCCACAGCUGCGCCGCGACCGCACCUUGGACUCGCUAGUUUCUGUGGAGACAGAAAAGAGCUCCUGCUCGGAUUCUUCAACACAGGUGUCACUGAAUGAUGCCGAAGCCACGUACAGGGAAGGGUCUUCUCCCCAGCCUGGACGAGAAUCAACCAGGUUUUCUCAAUGCUCCUCUACAUCCUCCGUUCACCUCAUCCCUUGCCAAGUACCAACCGUGACAGCCAAAGGGAGGGAGAGGGUGACAGAAUGAGGAGGCAUGGGGAGUUUGGAUCAAGAUGCAAAUCUUGCCAUUUUUCCUUCUGUGCUGUGCGACAAUGAAUCACCUUAUGUAAAUGAGCCCCUGAAACAGAUGUUUAAAAGUAUAGGGGAUAAAAUUGGAAGAUUCAAGGACCGCAGCAUUUCUGGGCUACCUAUCUAUAAACUCUUGAGAAUGAGUCAACAAAUGACGUUGACUAAUAAAGAGAAGUUGACACGUGAACAGUCUUUCUGACCAGAGAGCAGGAUGGAAAGUUUCUUCUUUUGCCAGUACUGUUGAACUAAAGGACAAUUCUGGAGACUAUCCGGCGGACUGAGUCAAACAAGGAGCUGUAUAAACAAUGCAAUGCAAAAGAAAGCUGUUAAUCACAUUGAGAAUCAAAGCUAGACAAAUCAAUGGUCUACUCUGAGGGGAUAAAUGUUUAUACUGAAAUGUGAUGAGAAAUGCAGCUCAGAAGUUGCAUAUUGUUUAAUAGCAUUUAAGUGGAGUUUUGUUUUUAAAUACAAUUUUAUAAUAGCAUUAAGCUGUUUUGUUCCAAAAAAGGGGUAUUGUCAAUAAUGCUAGCAAAUUUCUCAAGUGUAAGCUAAUGUGUUUUGUCCAGAGCAAUUUUUAUAGCCACAUAUAAAACUUUACAGCUGUGUAGUAGAGCAUUUUUAAUGAAAUAUUCUUUAAGUAGAAAAUAAUGCGAAAAUGAUCUGGGUUGCACAUGUAUUUUUAUAUGGUUUACAUAAUUAUGCUCAAAAACAUGCAACUUUGUCAAACAAGAGUUAAGCAGUCUUAUGGUUUGAAUGGGACGUAGCUGUAUUUCUGCCAACCUUAGUGUAGGAAAGUGACCUUUAUACACAUACAAUGUAACUACCUCUGAACUAUGGUAUUGACUCACUACAGCCUUAUUGAUGUUUGUCUCCUUUUUAUAAACAGCAAAUAUAUAAUUUUAUACAUUGAGAAAUAAAAAUUUUAGUUUGUACAAAAUAAAAACUUGUACCACUUA